CCUCCCUCCUCCCUCUCCCCACCGCCCCCGCCCCUCGCUGUCCAGGGUGCGCUCCGGGCGCUGCGCUUCGGCCGGCUCCCCCACCGGCGUCUGGGAGGCGACCCCCGGUGCUCCAAGGGUUCAAAGGCCCAGCACGGCGGCUCCAGCCCCUCCGGGGGCGGGGAGGCGAAGGGGGUGGUGCGGGAACCAGAAAAGCCGGAGCCCACAGCCGUCCAGCCCUGCGCGGGGAUGGGCAGCGCGCUCUGAAAGUUUGCGACCGCCGCGGCCAACUCUAGGCUGGAGCCCGGGACACAGCUGGAGCGGCCGGACUCGAAGGCUGCGCGCGGCCCCGUGCCCUCCCGCGGCCACAGGCGGCCGUCCUCUGGCCUGGGCACCCGCGCCCCAUCGGGGUUCAUGGAGCCGGGACUGUGGCUCCUUUUCGGGCUCACAGUGACCUCAACCGCAGGGCUUGUGCCGCGCCCUCAGACUGGGGGCUCUGGCAAGACCAACCUGCCUUGGGGCCCUCCUGCAGCCAGAUCUGAGGGGGACCACGAAGAGACUUUGCCUGGCCCCAGCGGGGAGACUGGGCCCCCAGCAGCGACACAGGGCCCGAGUCCCGGGAAGUCUGGACAGGAGCAGGCCGCUGAGCGGGGCUCUUUGCACCACCGUGUCCGGCGCUGCACGUGCUUCACUUACAAGGACAAGGAGUGUGUCUACUACUGCCACCUGGAUAUCAUCUGGAUCAACACUCCCGAGCAGACUGUGCCCUAUGGACUGUCCAACUACAGAGGAAGUUUCCGGAAUAAGAGGUCCUCAGGGCGGUCUCCGGGGAGUGUGCAGCCCUCGCCGCAGACACACUUGCGCUGUGCAUGUUUGGGGACCAAUGACAAGGCCUGUGUACAGUUCUGCACGCGGACGCUGGAUGUCAGCAGUCAUUCCAGGACAGCAGAAAAAGCAGACAAAGAAGAGAAAGGGACGGCCAGCAGGCCCCGCGUCAAGCUGCGGCAGAGAUAGGCUGAUGUCCAGGACAGAGGAGGCCCGCCGGCCUUAGGUGGCCGCCCCGAUGCUUGCUCCCUGCUGUGACUUCGCCGUCCUCUCUGCCUGUCUGCCGUCUCUUCCAGCAAGGAGCUGCUGCUCACACGAAGUUCAAAUUUCCACUUCUUUAGGGACAAGGAGUGAAUUCGCCUGGGGCAGAAAACCCACCCAGAGAGUCCCCACUUAACAGUUCACCCCUACUCUGAGAAUGCCCAAAUCUAAAUGACCCCAGUUUCCCUAAUGGGUAAAAUGAUCCCAGAUGUGCCCUGGGGCCAGAUGCCCGAAGCUCCAGUUUCACGCAGGAAAUUGUUUUUGGAGAGGCAGGGCAAGCCGGAAAACCACUUACUGGCUUUUGACAAGACUUCUCUUGGAGAGUAAGUGGACACCGAGCUGGCUGUCUGCAAAAGUAAACACGCGUCCGACUUGCACUAGAUGCACAGUGCGUGUGUGGCCGGAGCGGGCUGCCUGCCCCGUCUGCAGGCUGGGAGCUGGUGAGGGGUGAGCUGUGGGCUUCGGACCCAGGCCAUAACCAAACAGUAGUUCUCAAGUUUGAAGCGUGUAUUUAGGUAGAAAUUUCACUUGUGCUUCAUACCCAUCAAAACAGUGUAUGUCAAAGAAAGGGGGCAGUAGAAGAAAAAGGAGCAGGAGGCCACAUGCUGGUGAUAAGAAGAGGAGAGGGUGUCUGCUGGUUUCGAAGGCUGGGCUCUGUCACACAGAGUUGGUUCUUGUCCCCUGGACUGGCCCUGUGCGUCUCUUACAGACACCAGGCCCGUGCACAGUGAAGUUCGAAGGCCUUGUUUGCAGGAAGCCAAUUAUAAAGACAGCCCCCGGGCUCAGGGCCGUUAGGUUGAAUAUUUUGCUUUCAUGAAUAGAUGUGGAUCUUUGGGGAGUGGCUUCCAAAUAAACCAUGAACACAAACUCUCUAUAAAUUAUGUAAAUUCCUAUUUAUCUAUAUAAUUGGCAACAGCUGGGAAUUGUUACGCCUGAUGGUUCAAAAUCUCCUUCAGCUGCGUUCUCCUGGCCACGCUGCACGCAUAGUGACUGAGGGACAUGGACAGGGCCUCCAUCCUCUCUCUACUGGGCGCUUCAGGGAGAGGCUGCCCGCCUCCCCACCUGGUCACAGAGCCCGGAGGACCUGUUUCUGGGCACAUGCCAAGGGCCUGUGAGGAGAAAUUUUACGUGGUGCAAGAUGUAACGUUGGCCUUGACCAGAUGUUAAACUCUGGAGGAGUGUGUCAUAAGUUAUUAUAGGUAUAAAAGUGCAUACCUAUCAUGAGGAAGUGAAAGCAGACUGAUUUGCUAGCAGGAUUUUGUACAGUUUAGAGAAGUGAUUAUUUAUUGGGGAACUGUUCUCUACUUCAACUCCUUUAUGGGAUCUGUUAGAAGUAAAGUCACUGUAUAGAUAUAGAGAGAUUUUAAAAUUGCAUUCUGAAUCCAAACUCGUAUCUUUUAGAGCUUGAAUUACAUUUUAAAAACGUAUAUGCACUGUUUGGCACAGUGGCAAGAUGGUAUCUCGGAGAGAAACUCAUUCGUCCUGUGAACACUCAGAAAAUACUAACUGUCAAAUGCAUAAUAAAAAAUCCAAGAGUCUGCUCUGA